AUAUUUUGAUUGAGUAGAGGUUUUUAGAACCUUUUGCAAAAUUUGAUAAGUUGUCAUUUGAACACGACAUUUCCUCUCCUUCUUCAAGAGUUUCUUUUCCUCUCGCUGCUUUUUGGACGCACGAGGUCAUUCAUCAUGUCGUCCCACUUGAAUUGGAUGAUUAUUCGCAACAACAAUGCUUUCCUUCUUAAGAAGCGAAACAUUAGCAAACCUUUUUCGACAGAACCCAACAAUCUGACGAACCUCAGUAGCUACCGUUAUUCCGGCAUUGUCCACCGCAAAAGUGUUGGUGUUGUAGACACCCCAGACAAGAAAGGUUUCACGGUAGUCUACAAGAAGCCAAAGGCAGCGCUGAAACCCGCCAAGGCAACAGUCAGACGUACAAUGAAAGCAGGAGCUCGUAGAUCUCUUUACAAGCUGAAGACUCUCCUUACGGCCAACAAGUACCGUCGGGAUCUCACCAAGGUUGCGUUGCGUCGUGCCAGUGCUGUUCUACAAUCACAAAAACCUUUGCCAGCUAAAAAGACUCGUGCUCCUAAAAAAGCCGAUUAAUUCAUGGUUUCCAUCAAUAAAAUAUUUUAAACACA